AUGGCAAAUAUAUGUGGAUUCUGGCGAGCCUCCCAUAUAUCUCGCAACUUCCUCUUGAACUUCUCCCUUACCUUCCUCCAACUCCAAACUAUAUCACUGGCUUCCUCUAUCUCUCUAUCUCGUACUGAGAUAAACCUUGAAUGCCGCCAUCAACCACCUACCCCCUCAACUAAAACCAUACCCACACACCACCAUUAUCCAUCUCCUUCACUGGUCAUCAUUUCCUCCUUUCUCUUUCUAGGGUUAAUCUUAGUUGUUGAAACAACCAUUAAUGGGACUGAUAAUUACACCAUAAACGUUGUUGCCACCAAGAGCCGCUACCAACAACCAACUAACGUUGCUCUCCUCUCUUCCUCCCUUUCUCAGAAAAUCCCUAAAUCACCUCCACGGAUUCUCUUUGAUUCCAGGUUGGGGUAA